ACUGGUAAGAAACAACCAAGAGUUUGAUAACAUACUCUGUGUCUUCAGAUUAAUUAUUUUUUGAUGAAGUAUGAAUGACAAGUACACAGAUGCUAAAUGAAGAGAGUCUUGGGAAUUGAAAUCAUCCACGUGUUCAACGUACUGUAUAAAUUACCUUCUUUCCGAGCCUCGUCACAUAAUCUAAACAUUUUGUUGAGAUACGCACAGAUUCAUGGAUGAACGUUGCAGUGAAUUUACAAGUGGAGGCCUACAGAAACCUGUUAAAACAAACGUUCUGCAUUAUAUUACAACUUGUACAAUAUGGCUGCAUUCAGCUCUUGUUUUCAAAUGGAUAAUAACGCUGAUGUCUAUAGCAUUUGUGACGGACAGAUGAUUAUGUCAUCCACUGUUAAAAGGAGUUUUUUUGAAGUUUCUUGGGGACAACAUGAUUCUUCACUCUGUAUGGACGGGUUUUCUGCGGUCGUGGAGGACGGUUAUACACACGUGACUCCAACAGAAGAACUUUACCACACACAGAAUGGACAGAUACAAGGAGAAAGGAUUAUGUUCAAUGGCUCAAACACAGAUAGACCCAUUUAUCUGCAGUCCAGCGAGAUCACGAGCAUGUCAAGGUUCACCUGCCAUUGGCAGGAGCGACAGUGCUGUAAGAAAACCUACUGCACAAUGAAUGAGCUUAUCUCUCAUCUGACAGCAGAGCAUGUUAAUGUGUCAGGACAAUCCAGUUACAUUUGUUUAUGGGAAGAUUGUUCCCGUAAAAGGAAUCCAUUCAAGGCUAAGUACAAACUGAUCAAUCACCUAAGAGUCCACACAGGUGAAAAGCCCUUCCAGUGCUCCUUCGGAUGUGGAAGAGAGUUUGCACGGGCGGAAAACCUGAAAAUUCAUGAAAGGACACAUACAGGUGAAAAACCUUUCAGAUGCCCUUUUGAGGCCUGUGAAAGGCGUUUUGCAAACAGCAGUGAUAAACAAAAGCAUAUACGUGUCCACGCACCUGACAAACAAUAUAUUUGCAUGUACUGCAAUAAAUCAUACUCUCAUGCCAGCUCCCUCAGAAAACACACAAAGGUUCAUCUGCCAGUCAUGGAAUCCACCCAGAACUACAGUUAUGACACCAGCUAUAAAGAUCCAGCCUUUUUCAAAUAAUGUUUUAAAGAUGUGCUCUAAAAUUUAACAUUAAUUUUUCAUAUCCGUUUUUGUCAACAUGUGAAAAUGAUGUUCCACACCUAAU